GUUCUUUCUUUGGCCUGUUCACUACCAGAAUGAAGACCAUUCUAAGCAACCAGACGGUCGACAUCCCAGAAAAUGUUGACAUUUCUCUUAAGGGCCGGACAGUUAUUGUGAAGGGCCCCAGAGGAAUCCUACGAAGGGAUUUCAACCAUAUCAAUGUUGAGCUCAGUCUCCUUGGAAAGAAGAAAAAAAGGCUCCGAGUAGACAAGUGGUGGGGAAAUCGAAAAGAACUGGCCACUGUACGCACAAUCUGUAGUCAUGUGCAAAACAUGAUCAAAGGCGUAACCUUGGGUUUUCGUUACAAGAUGAGGUCUGUGUAUGCUCACUUCCCCAUCAAUGUUGUUAUUCAAGAAAAUGGCUCACUUGUUGAAAUCAGAAAUUUCUUGGGUGAAAAAUACAUCCGAAGAGUGCGCAUGAGGCCAGGUGUGGCUUGUGCUGUUUCUCAAGCUCAGAAAGAUGAGUUAAUUCUUGAAGGAAAUGAUAUUGAACUUGUCUCAAACUCAGCUGCCCUCAUUCAACAGGCCACCACAGUCAAAAACAAGGAUAUCAGAAAAUUUUUGGAUGGCAUCUAUGUUUCUGAGAAAGGCACCGUGCAACAAGCUGAUGAAUAAGUUGGAAAAGAUACCAAAGGCAGUGUCCUGAGGAGUCAACGCUUAUUCAGAUGUCAAAAUAAAAAUACCUUUUUGUCA